AUGUUCGGCUUCGGUGGUGGAGAGGAUGUGGAGCAUACGAGUGGCCUACAGCGUGCACUGAGCAGCGUGCUUUGUGCUGUUUGCGGCUUUCCGAUCGUUCUGAUUGGUGGCGCCGUGUUGCUGGGUUGGAAUGAGAAGCGGGAUGUGUGCGAGCAGGCGGCCAUACUGUCUGGUCAGGAUGCAUUCAAGCAAGUCGGCUGCACCGACGCAACGCAGGAAGUAGGCAACCUCGUCUUCUUCACCUGCGAUCUGAACCAAAGCAGUAUCACUCCGGGCCUCUACCAGGAUCUCAAUGCCGGUGACUUCAGCAGCGUGCUGUCGUCUUAUGUGGGAACCGGUGUCAGGAUCGAAGCGGAGAUGGAUGUGUGCGUGGAAAAGUCGAACACGGAGAAGGACUCUGUCGGUGGCGGCACAACCACUGUGUACAGCUACGAGAGAGCCUUGGUUCCAUCCGAUCACAGAACAGGGCUCUGGAUGUCCCGUCGCAUUGCGGCGAAGGAGACACGGCGGAAGAGGGUCAUGCAAAUGGCCAAGGUGCACCCAGACCGAGUCAAGCUUUACAGGCGUCACCACCAGGCGGUGUGGCCAGAAGUGGAGAGGGGGCUGGCUGGAUCUGGUGUGGAAACGAUUUCCAUAUGGGCGGACCCGAACGAUGAGACGUCGCUUUUCAUGUAUUUGGAGCUGGCCGACGAUGCCGAGGAUCUUGGGCCUGGCUCAAGGUAUCGCACCAGCGACACCGUGCGAGAGUGGGAGGAGAAAAUGGAGACCGAGUUUCAUGCUGGGUGGACACCGCUUCAGGAGUGGUACACCCUGAAGGCCGCCGGAAGCCGGAGUGUUCAGGUCUCGACGAACUCGCUUCCGCCAA